AUGUUCAAGGACCACAAGCAAAGUUUAAGCCUUAAGAGCAGCACCAAAAAAAGUUUAUUACUUUGCGAGGUGUGCGGUGCAACUUUUGUCACGCAGACACUUUUCAGAAGACACCAACUUAUUCACACGGGCGAGACGCCCUUCGAGUGUUCACAUUGUUCUCAGAGGUUUAGGUACAAAAGGGCUCUCUUAUCGCACAUUACAAGGUCCCACACGGAAGGGAAACCCUCCAAAACCUCGGACUGUCAAAAAUCUUCCAGACACAGAAUACAUCUGACGAAGCACAAGUGCGUCCACACCGGCAUACCUUCUUAUCGCUGUUCCAUCUGCCAAAAGCCAUUCACCGACACGAGCAACCUCAAGAAGCAUAUGAGGACCCACACGGGCGAGCGUCCCUACAGCUGCUCGGUAUGUCAAAAAGGUUUUGGCGACCAGAGCAAUUUAAAAUUGCACAUGCGGAGCCACACCAAGGAGAAACCCUUCGAAUGCUCCACGUGCCAAAAAGGUUUCACAUCUUCCAGUGACCUCACAAAGCACGUGAAGAUUCAUACAGGAGAGAAGCCCUUCGAGUGCUCGGUGUGCCUAGUAAAAUUUAGCCAAAAAAGGUCUCUUACCACCCACAUGCGAGUCCACAGCGGCAUACCUUAUGGUCACUGUUCCAUCUGCCAAAAGUCGUUCAACAGCUCGGAAAAUCUUACGAAGCACAUGAGGAUCCACACGGGAGAGAAGCCGUUUGUGUGCUCUGUGUGUCAAAAAAGCUUCACCACCUCUGGUAAUCUUGGAAGACACGAGCGCGAAGUUCACAAAAAGCAAUGA